AUGGAUGACAGCCAAUCACAGAGCAGACAGCACAAUGGCGCAGUUUCAGUCAAUGAGAAACGAGAAUGUGAGAAACCGUCUGAGAUUCUUCUGAGACAUGAAAACAAUCAAAGUCUCUUUGUGUCAGCUCGGUUGCCGCGGCAGCAGCAGUGCGAGGACGGAGCUCGUAUGAAGCGUCGCUGUGUUCCUCUGAGAGGAGACCACAACCUGCUGACCCCCGACACACACACACUGUCGGGGGUCAGGCUGCCUCCUGUCAUCCAGGUGAGGCUGGAGGACGUGGCCUCUCAUUCAGGACAUCUGAGUGACUUGUCCAGCAGCAGAUCGGCCGUGGGGUUGACAAGGCGACGCCCCGUGGCGUCUCCGACUCGUCGUCUGCGAUUCGAGGAUGAGACUGAGACGGAGGCGGAGUCUCGUUACCUGGAGAGACAGCGGCAGAGGAGAUGGGUGGGGCAGCGGGGGACAGGUAUCCUGGUCUCCAAACCAGACCCGAGUCUGUACAUCAGCAGCAGGGUGGAGGCGGGGCUACAAGGGGCGGAGCAUGAUGUUGACAGACAGCAGACAGGACGAACACCAGCAGGGGGGGUGGGGAUGGCUGGGCAGUGUGACUCCUGUGGGACAUUUUUAGGAGGAAGAGUCAACCUGAACCUACCUGAUGGUCGGGGGCGGAGCCUGUACCGCCCCCAAGUCAACCUUAGGACUGAGUCAAUCAGAGAGACCUACAUUGGCUCUGUCACACCUGGUGAGACCAGACCACCCAUUGGAGGGGGCGUGGCUGUGCGUGUCUCCAACAACCAGGUGAAGAGGAGUAUCGAUCAGGUGGAACUUAAUGGAAACCAAGUAACGCCCAUCACAGAUCUACCAAUCAAUCCCUAUGCCCCUGACCAGCUGACCACGCCCACUUUCAGAUGCCCCUCUCCCUCGUCUCCUCCUCUUGUGUCAUCAGCAAUGAUGUCACAGAGUUUCAGGCUCAAUGGCACAAAGGCAGGACAGGCUCUGAACCAGGACCAGGAGGAGCAGGGCGGACCUGCACAAGCCAAGCCCCACAAAGAACUCCAACCCGGGGCCGAGCUGAGGGCGAGGAACCCCUGUGUGGAGGAGGCAGGAGGUGUGGAGCUCAGGAUGAAGAACUCCUCCUCCUCCUCCUCCUCCUCCUCAGGGACGAGCACAGACUCAACAGCUGACAGCCGAGCCCCACCCAUCUCAGAGAGCAGCAGUGAUGGACAGGUUAAAGACCCAAUCAAAGCAGAGCUCCAAAGUGAUAACACUUCACUUCCUGAACACUUCAGCAGCAGAGACGAAUCCUCUCGACUCUCUCUGCGUCGUCUGUUCUCCACCGUCAGACUCAGCAGGACUCGAACCGGCAGUCUCGAUCGACUCAGCAAUAGGCCCCGCCCCUGCGCAUCUGACCCCGUCCCCUCCAGCCUGCUGAAAAAAUGUCCAUCAGUUCCGUCACUGAAUGAGGGGUCGCCCUUCUUGCAGUUGAGGAAAUUGUCGUCAGUGCAGAGUUUUGGGUCAGAACAGAAGAAGAAGAAAGAUCGUUCUGCUGACUACAGACCAGCUGCUGACAGGUUCCUGCAGCGAUGUUUGAGUGUCGAGGACGUUGGUAGUCCCUGUUCUUUACGUUCUGUCGGUCGAGUUCUUGAGGCUGGUUCUGAUGGAACAUUUCUGUUAGAACUGAGUCGACCGACAACCCGAACGUACGGAUUCGUUAUCAGCCGAGGGAGAGGACGACCCGACUCUGGUGUAUAUGUGGAGGACAUGGUGGACAGCAAUACUGAGAAGCUUUACGCAGGUCUGCUCUCGGUUGGAGAUGAGAUCCUUGAGGUGAAUGGGGAGAAAGUGGCCUGUCUCAGUCUGAACCAGGUGACCCAUCUGCUGACCCAGAACAUCUCUGCUACUGUCCGGGUCCUCCGACACCUGAGGACAGUUCCACGGUGACCAUAACUACACCAGACAAUAUCUACAACUUGAUCCACUGCACCUGGUUUCAUAACCAAACCACACCUGAGACAUUUGGUCCGACCAGAACUUCAGCUCCACAACAUUAUUAUCACCCGAUAACCCGUCAUUUUACACAGGAACUCAAAUUCUCCGCCUUCUGUUUUCACACACUUCUGGUCUAUGAGUAGAUCAGAUCUACAGGUAGAUCAGUCCAUCAGAGUUUGUAUUUAUAAAGUUUCUCAGAGCAACAAAUCAAAUCCUAAGUUCAGAUUCAGAUUCAGGUUCAGAGUUUGUCAAGUCUUAAACACAGUGUCCGGAUGAACAUCGACACUGGUUUGUUAGCUGUAAUCACUCCUGAUACUGGUCAUACUGGUUAUUAUGGGACCAGCUGAAAUGCAGGUUAAUCUGCUGACUUCACAUUAAAUUGUUUCUGUGCUGUCGUGGUUAAUAUAUAAAAUAAUGAUAAUUAUGUGCAGUUGCUUUGUCUGAGAUCAACUUCACAGUGUUCAAAGAAACCUCUGCAGUAUUUCUGUCUGUACAGUUUUCAUAUGUUUGUUUAUAUUUUCAGACAAAUUAAAGAAACAAUGAACCAACGCUUCAUGU